GAAUUCGAACUAAGAAGGAUAUUGCUUUAAAGAUGGAGUUUUCCUAGCCAUGCUUGCUACUCAAAUGAAAUCCAUGUUUCCCACAUUUGAAGUCGUUUGAAUGAAUGGAAUCGAUGCUUCCGGUCAGCCGCAGUUUUCUGAAUAGAUGGAGUCGAACUAAACAUGAAUGCUCUGGAUUCUGUUUUAUAUAUUCUCCUGCAGUCCUGCUCACUCAAUUUUGCAUGAAUGUUCAAGGAUAAAGUCACGAUAAGAAGUUAAGAACCUUUUGCCCUCACCCUACUUCUCUCGCAGCCACGCUGACGAUAGCCUCAACCAAUAGUCCAAGUACCACAGACUCUACCUUUCAGGUAAGCUCCAUCAUCACCAUCCACCUUUGUAGUCAGUCGUCCACCACCACUGUCCAUCUCCGAGACUACCCCUGUUCUCUCUCUCUCUCUCUCUCACUUUCCAUUCUCACUCCAUCUUUUUACUCUUCUGUCUUCUUCAUCCCCAGUGACCUCACACUCACCAUUACCGCUAUCUUCUUCAUCUCCGACCACCUUUACGACUACCGUCGAUUCUUUUCCCCCUGCCUGCAAUCAUCCGACAGUCGCCCCCUCUAUUAGCCUGAACCACUCGCCACCUACUCUCCUAUCUCCCCUUCUCUCCUGCUUGGUUCUCUCUCCGCAAUGCAGCUUCACUAGAACACCACUGCUGCAACUCCACCUAUGGUCACUCCAUACUCCUUUCUCUCCCUCUCUUUUUGCUGAUACCCCCCUUUCUCUCUCUAUCCACUGCAGCUAUUUCCGUUCUACCGAAAUUACCAUAUUACCACCCCUCUGAUCAUCUCCAUCAACUAAACAGCGCCCCCACCCCAUCAUCCAUCUCUCUCAGCCUUCUCCCUCAUCACAGGCCAUCAUCGUCUUCGCUUCACCAUUGCUAUCCUUCUGUAACUUCUCUCUCCGACGCUCUUCACUCUCUCCCUACUCCCUCUGUCGGUCAUCACCACUCCCAUCUGGGAAGAAUCCACUAACUCUGCAGUCUCACCCACACCCUCCUUUAUCUCUCUGUAUUUCAUUCGAAACUCAAAUACCCCAUUGCCCAAUUCCCAACUCUGCAACCUUUCACCCGACGACCUCCUAUGCCUGCCAUCGUUGUCAAAACGCAUCUCACCUCUGUUUUUUUUUCCUGUUUUUCCUCUCGGCCACCAUCCCUGCUGCUUCAUUUCUUGCCCUGACCCUGAGAAAGUGCUGCUAGCUCAGAUAAAAUAACUCCGAUACAGAGAAGUUGCAACUUAUCCUGGUCAAGUCUCUGCAUCAAUCUAUCGAAACCCAGCCUCUUCUCCCAAACCGAACAUUUCUGUGAUCCCAGGAAUCUCAUUUGCUAGUCCAUAUUAUGCAUCGAGGCACCUCCUCCCAAUUUCCUUAUAAACUACAUUGUCAAAUUAUAAUGGUUGUAUUCGUGUCAAGUCUCUGCAUCAAAUGUUUAUUGGUUGACUUCUAACUGGAUGCGUUUUUGUCAAAUGCUUCUAGCGGUUGUUUAACCUCCUCCCCUACGGGUAUAUAUCUGCUGAUAUUCUGAACCGAGGGAACCCAUUGGUAUGCUUCCAAUGCGCAUAACAAAAAUUGUCCUUCAAUCCACCAAAAUUAGUGCCAACACAUGAACCAUAUAGAAAAGAGGAUAAAACACUUGUUGGAUAGGUAGAAGUGUGUAGCUCAAGCAUGGAGCAGAACAUGUUGCAGAUGUUUGAAGUGGGUCCUUGUGAAGAUGCUUACCAAAUGGGCUUUCUCAUAGGUCAGAGGUUCUCCAACCUGAUAAAAAGCAGGUUGAAAACGGACCUCAUCCUUCAAAAUCAGCUUCUCCCUUUUUCCUGCUCUCCACAGUCGCAGUCACUCAUCAGGACACUCUCUGAUGCUAAUAGGAAGAAGUUUCCGAGGUACUGGGAUGAACUCAUAGGUACUGCAGAAGGGAGUGGCGUGCCAGUUCUUGAUAUAAUAUUACUGAACUUUAGAAAGGAGAUUCUACCUUUCAUUCCAAAGGCAACAACAGAAGAAGCAGACACCAUUGAUGACUGUUCUGAUAUUCUUGUAGCAAGUGAUUCCAUGGCUGUUGUGUGCCACAACGAAGACGCAAAUGUUGCAUUAAUUGGCCACACUUAUCUGGUCAAAGCACAACUGUCAAAUGGCCUAUCGUUUGCUGCUUACACAUAUGCAGGAGAGCUCCCAAGCUGUGCAUUUGGGUUCAACAGCAAUGCACUGGCAUUUACUCUAAACUCAGUACCUCCAUCAGAGGCGGAAAUUGUACCUGGUGGCAUUGGACGGAACUUUAUUUCUCGAGACCUGCUUGAAGCUACCGACCUUGAUGAUGCAUUAAGUCGACUCCAAUUAUCAGAAGCAUCUGUGGGUCAUAGCUAUAAUCUAGUUGACAUGAGAAGGCGUAAGAUCUUGAAUGUUGAAACUGCUUCAAGGAAUCGAAUUUCAGUUUAUGAGGUUGGGAUGACACCCUUUUUCCAUGCAAACAUGUAUCUCCACCUUAAGGUAGAACAGGUACAUGAUGAUAACUCUAUAAGCAGACAAAGAAGAGCGUCUGAGCUAUCAAAGCAGUCAAAAGCUGAUUUUCUCUCACUUCUUGGAGAUACGCAGGAUGAGAAACAUACCAUCUACAUGGCAGGUCCAACACUCUACACAUUAUGUACAGCAGUGAUUGAUCUGGAUGAACAAACAUUAUCCAUCAUUCAAGGAAACCCAAAGAAUGGAGAGAUUUCUCAUGUAUUUUCGAUGUCUUCAAAGAAAUUUGAUGUGCUGCAAUAACAGCCCUCACUUGGUGGUUCCAUGAAGGCAUUCCCAACUUUGUUCUUCUCAGAACCCACUUCCAAUAUUACUCACAUCAAUGCACGUUAUGGCUGUCAUUGGCAUUUCCAACCAAGCAAGUUACUUGGAUUUAUAAUAUUCUGUUAAAUAUCGAACUUGAGUGCAUAUGAGAAAGGCGGUUAUACCUUGCCACGGA